CCAACAAUAUCUUACCCCACCUGAGGAGAAAGCUCUUGUUGCUUUCACAUUACAAAUGAGUGCAGUUGGAACUCCUAUACGUGUCAAACCCUCCAAGGCACCGAAGAAGAAUUAGCCUCAAGCCUUUCGUCGCCGCCAUCCACACAUCAAAUCGAGGAAUAUAGGCCUAUGGCGUGGGAGCGUUAUGAUAACAAUAUAUAUGACAAGGUAGUACAUUGGUUUGAUGUGAUUAAGGAGGAACUCUGUAGAUCAGACGUCUUGCCAAAAAACGUCUAUAAUAUGGACGAGACAGACACUAUGCUCUCUAUGCUUAGUUCCGUUAAAGUUCUUGUAGGUAAGAAUGACCGACAGAACUAUAGAGGAACUGGCAAAAAGCGGACGAUGGUAACUGCUAUCGAAUGCGUGUCAGCAAGCGGUGAGUGUCUCAAUCCGAUAAUUAUCUGGCCUGCAUUUACUCAUAGGACUCUUUCCAAAAUAGGUUACAACGACUCUUUUAUCGGCCUAGAGUGGAUUAAGCAAGUUUUUGACCCUCAGACUAAAGCUCGUACUAAUGGAAAGCCACGGAUACUCAUCUGCGAUGGCUUUGGAACACAUGAAACCCUUGAGAUCUUUGAACUCUACUUCGAGAAUAACAUCACUCUAUGUAGACUGCCCUCUCACACGUCUCACAAGACACAACCCUGUGGCGUAUCAGUUUUCCGGCCAUUGAAAACAGCGUACCGAGGUGCGGUCGAGCGGUGCUACCAUGGAGGCUUGACGAAUUCGUGCGAGAAAAACGGGAUGACGAAGAAGAACAUACUUGCUGGGUGGGCUAAGACUGGUCUGUUUCCAUUCAACCCUUCUAGGGUUCUUCGUGAUAUCGUAAAGCCAGAAGUUCCACUGACUACCCAAUUACCCUAUGAAGUCAAAAGUACACAAGAUGGAGUAAUUCAAACGCCAGUGACAGCCGUGUCAUCAGAAGCUGUAGCACAGCUAGUCAAUCUCAUCAAGCAAGAUUCUGAUAAUAACGAGCCAAACGAAAUGCGCCGUCACAAGUUAGUUCAGAAGCUUGCCAAUGCCGCUGAAAGGUUUAUUGCCCGACAAGCCCUUCACCAGAACUACAUUGGACUUCUUAAAGCUGCCAAUAACGAGUCUAAGUCUCGCCGAAACACAAGAUCAGAUAUCCUGAAAAAGCUUGGGAAGAAUGGCGAAGGACAGGUAAUGAGACAGGAAGAACUCGAAGCUAUUCGGGCGGACCGUGCAGAACGUGCAGAACGUGCUAAACAAGAUGCUGCCAAAAAGGCCGUAGGUAAAGCAAAGCGCGGUCGGCCGAAGGCAACAUCGCAUGCAGCUGGAGGCGAAUCGGGAUUACAUUUGAAGAGGGUGUUCCAGAUGAGCAAGAAGUAG